AAUAUUUAGCAUAAUCAGUUUGAAGUAGAUUCUGAUUCCUAAUCUCUUAAUUCAUCAUGCUAAAUUUAUUCAUCUUUGGCUUGUGCUUCACCUUUACAUUUCAGAAUGUUAGCUCAAAGAUGUAUCUAAUUGAAACCGUAGAUGCUCCAGAUAGUUCUCUGACAACAUUGUCUCCAGUGUCUCAACCUGAAAACAAACCAACUCCUGUAAAUGGGAAUGAUUAUGCAUUGGCAGAGUUUCCAAGUGAGGAGGGGGUUCCAGCAUGUGUUCUUUCAGGAGGUUACAGUGAUGCCUCCUUUGAUGUAUUAAACCCUGAUUGGAUUCCCUCAAUACAACCUUGCUCCUGGGCAGGCAAACGAUUGGAUGCCAAUGAGUUUAAGAUCUUGAGAGAAGAAUCUGGACCUGUUAUGAUUAAUAACUACCCCGUCUCUGCUGAUGAACAUAGAAGAGCUCUUAGUGGAGAAGAGGUUGAACUGAGAGCAUUUGAGCAGGAACCUAAGAUUUUAGUUGGUUCUGCAGAUGAUCUGAUUUUUGAUGGGAAAUCAAUGACAAAAUGGGAAAAGAUGAUUAGUCCUGUUGUUAAAACUAAAUAUACCUAUGUUAACAAGGAAGGAAACACAAUUACUGUUUAAUAAAUCCUAAAUAACCAUU